GGCACUGAAAUGAAGUCGGGUUUACAAUUCAGCCGUUUUCUUUGGUUCCCCCCUGGCCGAAAGCAGCGUUUACAGUCGUGGACAGCUGGAGCCGCUUUCACGGCCACAUUGUCUGUAGAUUAAAGACGUGGCUAAAUGCUCCUUUAGGGGAAGGGAAUCGGGUUCUUUGGAAAUAUUUCCACUUCUUCCAGGGUUCCUAACUCAAAUCCAGGCAGGAAAGACGCGGACUUCCAUCUUCAUCACUUCUGCAAAGCGCAGGGGCAGUCAUGAGUGACUUGGAGAUACAAACGCUUUGCAUGGAAAGUUAUAGCUCUCGAUCUGCUCGGCAUUACCAGGCCUUGCCUAACGGAAGGCUAAGCCGUGUCGCAGAUGCCUCUGAAGACCGGCACUGGCAUUCGCUCCGUCAUAUCUUCAUGUCGAUCUUCCUGCCCCAGGGUUAUCCUGAAAGUGUGAGCAAGGACUACCUGGCCUACCAGUUCUGGGACACCAUCCAGGCCUUUGCAAGCAGCAUCACAGGGACGCUGGCCACCCAGGCGGUGCUGAAGGGGGUGGGGGUCGGGGAUGAGACGUCCACUGUUGCAGCUGCCACUGUCACUUGGAUUCUGAAAGAUGGAACAGGAAUGUUGGGCCGAAUUGCUUUUGCUUGGAGCAAGGGGAGCAAACUGGAUUGUGAUGCUAAGCAAUGGAGACUCUUUGCAGAUGUGCUCAAUGACGUGGCCAUCUUCAUGGAGAUCAUGGCACCAGCUUUCCCAGCAUGCUUCACACUCAUUGUCUGCACAAGUGGCUUUUUCAAGUGCAUUGUGGGUGUGGCUGGAGGGGCCACCCGGGCAGCUCUCACCAUGCACCAGGCCCGCCGGGACAACAUGGCAGAUGUAUCAGCCAAAGAUGGAAGCCAGGAGACGCUAGUGAACUUAGCUGGCCUACUCUUCAGUCUCUUCCUGAUCCCUAUUGUAGCGGACAAUCUCCACCUCACCUAUGCCUUCUAUGCUCUCUUCACUAUCCUCCAUCUCUACGCCAACUAUCAAGCAGUACGGGCGGUUUGCAUGGAGACCCUUAACCGUGCCCGGCUCCACUUAGUCUUGCAGCAUUACUUGCAGUGGGAAGAAGUGCCUGGACCUGCUAUCAUCAAUCCUCAGGAGCCCCUUCUGCUAGGGUUUCAUCAGCAGCUCAAGAUAUCUCUUGGGACUCCUCUUUAUACAGUGACUUCCAGUGUUGCUGACUUCCAGAAAGCUCUUGAAGGCAACACUACAAAUUACUUAAUUUUCUUCAACCGACCAGCAGGGACGAUCUCUAUCCUGCUCCAUCGGCAAGCAGACAGUGUGGAUGUGAUUAAAGCCUACACCCACGCCCUUAUUCUAGAGGUCCUGCUACAUCAAGAUGUGGGAAUGUGUGCCUUGGAAAGAGUGUCCCUCCUGCAUUUGCAGCAUCAGUUAUGUAAAGAAUCCAAUAAAGAGGAUCCCAAGAUACAUUCUGAAAUGCAUCAGUUCUUGGACAGGAUAUUUCCCAAAUUCCUGGCAGGUGAUCAGAAUAGCUUUCAGCAGCCGCAGAAAGAGGACCUGGGGGAUUACAGAGACUUCUGAGGCCACAGCCGCCAUCCCUACCCCCCAGUGCUGAAUAAAAGGGAUUUAGAUAUAUGCUGGACCUUUCUCAGGACAGCUGGAUUAAUGCAGCCCUGAAGAACAUCAGAAGAUUCCAGAGUCCUUUUGUUCCUGGAACAGUGGCGUUCGUACCUUCCUAGGAAGAUGUGAAAUCAUCUUUGUACAAAGCUCUCCCAGUGCUCAGUGGCUUCUGAGUGUCACUCAGAGCUUUGCCCAGUUUUUUUUUAAUUAAACCAGAUACAAGUAGUCAUUGCUUACCGACCAUUCAUUCAGCGACCAUUCGAAGUUAUGACGGCGCUGAACAAGACGACUUAUAACAACUCGUAGAUGUUGUGGCUGCUGCAGUGUCCCUGUGAUCGCUUUAUCAUGAUUCGGGUGCUUAGCAACUGGUGCACAUUUACGAUGGUCACAGCGUCCUGCAUUCACAUGAUCGCCAUUUACAACCUUCACAGCCGGCUUCUGACAAGCAAAGUCAAUGGGGAAGCCAGCAGGAAGUCACAAGUUGCGGUCACAUGACAUUGCAUUUAAUGAUCUGUGGUGAUUCACUUAAUGACCACACCCAGAAAUAAUGAGCUGCCAUCGUAAGUUGAGCACAGUCACGUGAUUUUUCACUUUACAACUGUGUUGCUUAGUGACAGAAUUGCUGGUUCCUAUUGCAGUGGGCAAGUGAGGACUACCUCUAGUUUUGAAUUUCUAAUGUGUAAUGGAUGGUGUAAGCAGGGAAGAUUCUGGAACGGAGCUUCAAGGUUGUCAGGAGGGGGGAGA